AUGAGCAUCACCCAUUUCAAGGCGGACAACUUUUUGUUGAGGCAUAACAAUGUAGAGUGGACCGAAACGGGUCCGGACGGGAAGACGGAGACGAAGAGUAAGACUUCUGGAAAAUCACUGACCCCAAUGCAACGACGACUACUUUUCCUAGCCCUGCUGGGUAUUGUGGCGCCAAAUGAUUCAUCUUCCUCCUCAAGUGUCUCCACAACUACUUCUAAAGAUUGUGGUCUUCCAGACGAAUUUUUGACGUUACCAGAAUAUGCUCAAAAAGAACUGGAAGCGGUUUGGGGCGCCUACACCCAAGGCGACUGCGAAGCCGAGAAGCAAAAAACCAAAGACAUCCUCGACAUUGUACGACAAUUUGGCGAAGAAUUUGGACCGGAAGCCAAGCCAAAAGGAGGCAAGAAGGGUGAAAAGCCGACAGAACCUAAGCCCGAAAGCACCAGCCAAGCACCCGAGCUGACAACGGCUGAAAAAGAAGAGCCCGCAGCUUCCACUGGCACACCCAGCACUACUGUGGCACCAGAAAUCACGUCAGAAGUGCCGGAUGGGGAUUUGACAACGGAGAGAUUGGAAUCUAUUACUACUACUGAGCCCGAGCUGCCGGAAGAAAGGGAGAAGCCUAUCUCCGUCCCAGAAGAAUCCACCGCCAACUUUGGACCUGAGGAUCCAGAGGAGGCAGAGCCACGAAAAAAGUUCAAGCCGAGGAACAAGUUCCGCCCUGAUGGCAAACGACGUCAACAACCGAAGCCGCAAAUCGACGCAAACACCGAGGACUACCGUGGAGAAGACCCAGAGGAUUUCCCGGAUGCCGAUCAGGACGUCCAGGACCAUGAGGAGUUCCAAGGUCACACACCGCGACCCACUCAAGGAUAUCACCAGUACAAGAAGCUUCAAUCGAGACAUCAGGACGACUACGAUGGCGGGGCAUCAAAUAGCAAUACGCCGGUUGGAGGGCGUGUCAUCUUCUCACAUUCCAAAAAGUUUAGGAAUGACUAUCAGGACUAUGAGCACGAGGAUGAGGAGAACGAGGGACGGAAUUCGGAAGAUCCUCUAGCCGAAAAAUUCGAUACCCCGGACGCACCAUUCCUCCAAGGAGCCUCAGCGGGAGUCCGACGACAAUUUAUGAAGACCUGGGGUGAUAAAGAUAUAGUUUCAGAGCCCCUACGAGCUCAGAAGAUCCAACUUCUCGCCGUAUCCCUGCUGACUGGUAAACAAUUAGAAAAGUACAACGCGUGGGCGACGAAGCGGAGACGAGUCUUGAAGGCCCGAGAACAGGAGCUCUCCGAACUCUCCCCGGCCGCCAAGAGAAUGCUGCGGAGGUUGUCCAAUAGUCACGAUACCCGGAAUAUCAGCAUACACCCGAAGAUUAAGCAGGAGUUGAGGACGUUCAUUGAGCGCCACAGACAACGCGUCGCUGCCAAAGUCAUUCGGGCGGUCGCA